GAUAAUUAAUUGGUAAUCCAUCAAUUCAGUUCCCUAUACAAAGUGAUUUAUUUUGGUGGAACUCAGAAGGAUUAAGAAAGAAGUAGAGAUCGAUCGAUCAAGCUAGAAUGGAACAUGGGAACGUGUACAACUCAUAUGGAACUUCUUGGGCAGAUCAGUGGGACAAUGGUCCGGACCCUAUUAUGGUUGGUUCCAACAACAAGAGCAACACAACAAAGUACAAGGAGAAGUUUGGAGAAGGUUUAGGUAAGACCAAAGGAGUGGCAUCCACUGGCAUCAAGAAGUUAAAGGAUGGUACCUCCGUUGGUCUUCACUGGAUCAAAACCAAGUAUUCCAAAGCCACCCACAAACAUUGAUUGAAAUUUUUAAAUAUAAUUAACGUCUUUUGUGUAGAUUAAUUGGUUGAAAACUAUUAUUUAUAUUUUUUAUUUAUUUUCUUUUGAAUUCAUUUAAUUUAUUCUGAGUGUACAUGUACUUACAAUCCAUAUAUAUCAAUUGUUUCCAUGAUUAGAUGGUUUUCUUCCUUA